AUGGCGGUUGAGAUAAGAAUGUCUGCCAGCUCAUCGAUGCGUUGGUCGGCAUUGGACAGAAGCGCCGACGGACUGCAGCGGAGUGUCUGUGCCUCGUUUCCGAUAACUGCUAGCGUCGACAGGGGCUUGGAUCCGAUAGCCUGGCAAGCUUAUCAGAUUGCAUCUAAGCUGAAGAAUCAUAGCAGGCCCGGAUGCCAGGGUCUGUUGUGCAAGUGGGUAGAAGCUGUUGACAGCACAGCCAGUCACUACAUCGGUACAAGAUGGGGACGUCCAAAGAGCCAGUCUAAACAUGUACGUAUCGGUAACCUCCACGAGCAUGGACGUGUAAUGAUACAGUACCGCCAUGACCUGCAGGAGCCUUUAUCAGUACCUGUCCGGUAUUGCCCGCCCAUCGCACUGCCAGCUGAAGCCAUCAGAGUCACACCAAACGACGAUGGGUAUUGGCAUCAGAUUUUAGGUCUGGGGGAGGAAAGUCCUUCAAUCAUCCAGACACUCCACCCCCAGCCAAUCACUCCUACCGGAGAUCUGUCGCAUUCCCUCCGCGUGUGGCAAACCAAACCAAAUCCACCCCCUCGCUCAAUGCAAUCUCAAUCGCACACAAACUCUGCCUGCGCGACUGACUGA